CCCACAUGCUAAUUUAUUUGUGAUUCAGUGCUGCUGCCAUUGAUGAGUUUCCUUUCCCCAAGGCGUUCAUUUAGACUGAUGAAAGAAAAAAUAUUUGAUGUUUGCAGAGACAGUAAUUAAUUAAUUGGUUGUUGAAGUGAUUCAAUGCAUAAAGAAAUGUACAUUGUGCGAGUUGAAACGGUUUCUCUCUCCCUCUCUAGAUUCUCUUAAAGGUUUCGGUGUCACAAAGGGCUGAGUUUGGAAUCUUCUGGUGGUUAAAGAAGUUGUUUUUUUGUGUCAGAACAGCUCUGUUUUGCUUUCUAUUUUUAUUUGGAGGGGUUGACCUAAAUUUGUUGUCUGAUUCCUAAAAUUUUGUAGUAUAUCCUCCAAUGGUAUUUUGCUGUGGGACUGAGAUUUGGGGUCGGUUUCAUAUGGGAUUUGUGACCUGUUGAGAGAGAGAAGAAAUCAUCUCUCUGCAUUUUGCUGCAUUGAAUGCAGCUUUGAUGAAAUCAACAACUGAGCUAUUGCAGGAAUUAGCUAAACUGAGUUUUUGGAGUUGAAAAGAUGGCUUGUAUGAAGCUGGGGUCCAAAACUGAUGCAUUCCGGCGGCAAGGGCAAUCCUGGUUCUGCACCACCGGUCUCCCUAGUGAUGUAGUUGUCGAAGUUGAGGAAAUGACGUUUCAUCUUCACAAGUUUCCGUUGCUCUCGAGAAGCGGGGUCAUGGAGCGGCUCAUUGCAGAUGCAUCCGAGGGCGAAGAAGGCUGUGUCAUCAAACUCUCCGACGUUCCCGGUGGAGCAAAAACGUUCGAGCUAGUAGCUAAGUUCUGCUACGGGGUGAAACUCGAGCUCACUGCAUCGAACGUUGUGCAUGUUCGUUGCGCUGCUGAGCAUCUCGAAAUGACUGAAGAGUAUGGCGAGGGCAAUCUCGUUUCUCAGACCGAAAUCUUUCUCAAUCAGACGGUUUUUCGAAGCUGGAAAGACUCUUUGAAAGCGCUGCAGACGUGUGACGUUGUGCUCUCUGAGGCCGAGCAGCUCCACGUCCCGAAAAGAUGCAUCGACUCCUUGGCUGCCAAGGCGUCCACCGACCCUGCUCUGUUCGGGUGGCCUAUGACGGAGCGUGGUGGCCUGAUGCAGAGCCCCGGAGGGAGUGUCUUGUGGAACGGGAUAAGCACGGGCGCUCAACCUAAACAUUCGAGCGCAGAUUGGUGGUACGAGGAUGCGUCGACUUUGCCUUUGCCUCUCUACAAAAGGCUGAUUUCGGCCAUGGAAUCCCGGGGCGUGAAGCAGGAGAUGAUCGCCGGCUCUCUCGUUUGUUAUGCGAGAAAAUACCUACCCGGCCUAAACCGGCGCCAGGGUGGCAGUGAAGAAUCAACCAACCGUCUUGCAACGGUUGGAUCGGCUGCCUUGCUCUCGGAACAAGAACAGAAAACUCUCGUUGAAGAGAUCGAUCGCUUGCUUCCCCUGCAGACGGGUCUGGUUCCGACAAAACACUUGUUCGGUCUGCUGAGAACGGCCAGGAUUCUUCGAGCCGAUGCCUCGUGCAUAUCGAACCUAGAGAAACGGAUAGGGAUGCAGUUCGAUAAGGCAACACUCGAGGAUCUUCUUAUGCCGAACGUCUCUUAUUCGAUGGAGACUCUGUACGACGUGGACUGCGUUCAGCGGAUUCUCGAGCAUUUCUUGACCAUGGAUCAGGUGGUUGGUGAUGCAUCUCCUGGCUCGGUGGAUGAUGGCCAAUCGACGGGACCGCCAUCUCUAACACCCAUCACUAUGGUGGUCAAGUUAAUCGACGGAUAUCUCGCGGAGGUCGCCCCCGACGUACACCUAAAACUCCCCAAAUUUCACUCGCUCGCUGCAGCCGUGCCAGAGUAUGCCCGGCCCUUGGAUGACGGCCUUUAUCGCGCUAUCGACGUUUAUCUCAAGUCUCACCCAUGGUUGGCCGAGCCCGAGCGAGAGCAGCUCUGCAGGCUGAUGGACUGCCAGAAGCUCUCGCUCGAAGCUUGCACCCAUGCAGCCCAGAACGAGAGGCUGCCGUUGAGGAUAAUAGUCCAAGUCCUCUUCUUCGAGCAGCUGCAGCUUCGAACCUCCAUUGCAGGCUGCUUCCUCGUAUCUGAAAACCUUGAUGGCUCGAGACAGCUGAGAAGCGGGCUGAUGGGGGCGAAUGAGAACCAAGUCCUGAAAGUCGGGAUGGAUAGCAUGAGGAUGAGGGUGGCCGAGCUCGAGAAGGAAUGCUCCAACAUGAGGGAAGAGAUCGAUAAGCUAGGCAAGGCGAAAGGGUCGUCGCCUUCAAGCGCGUGGGGAAACAUGUCAAAGAAGUUUGGGUUCCGGUUGAAGUCCCAAAUGUGCAGUGCGCAGGAGGGAUCUGUGAGCAAGCAAAAGAUUGGCAAGGUUGGAGAGAAUAAGGGAAGGGAAGGGAAGGGAAGGGAAAGAAAAGGGUACAUUUAAAUGAACAUAAAAAAAUAAUUUCUUGAUUUUAAUUGUUUGUUUUUCCUCCUCUCACCGUUGUUGUGGGUGAUAUUUGAUGACCAUUGAUAUCCUGUGAUCUAGUAUAACUUAGGUACAGUAACCGAUGAAAUUUCUUUUGUGAUCUAUAACUUGGGUAGAGUAAAAGUGUAAUUGUGUGAACGGGGAAAUUUCUUUUUUUCUCAUAGUAAUUUUGAACUUGUUGGUAUGAGUCCUUUAGUUUUUAUUGAUCUAGGACUCCACUUAAAAUGCUUGAGUCAUUUAUUUCUA